AUGACACAGAUAAGCGGUAACGUUCACUUUCGCAGGAAUCCGCGUCGGAAGACAGCAUGCGGAAGGAAGGGCUCACAGGAAGAGGGCGGCAGCGUCAACCAGAUGACGUCCCCUGACGCAGCGCAGGGUCUGGAGAAGGAUGCAUAUUAUCGAGAUAGCCAGGAUAAGCGCAUCGGAAGAAGGGGGGUGGGGUGGAUGGUUGGUGGGAUAUAUCAAGUAAUUCGUAGUAAAUGUGGUGCAUCGGUAGAAGAGCUUGGAGACCAGUAUAUUCUCUUGGGUCCUUAUAAAGAGACAAGUGUGAGAACAGAAGUAGAGUUGGCUGAAUUUCCUGAAGAAUCUCCACUCACAGAGGUUAUCAACCGUUUACGAUCAACUGGGUGGAGGGUUCACCCUGGACGAUGGCUUGUGGAUGGCAACCCACAGAUUGUCCUUUUUGACAUAGGAUCAGCAUCUGCCAAACUUAACGACUAUAAGCAGGAGUUUUUUGAAAAUACAAAAAUCGGCAUUCCACACCUAGAUAUAGAAUGCAAUGAUGCCGUACUCUUUGGCUUUAUGGUUGCAAAGUUUAUUGAAGAGUUCCGUGCAGAGGUGGUCAAUCACAGUGAUCACAAGCCCAGAAUAUGUGCUCAUUUCCAUGAAUGGCUGGCGGGCGUGGGCUUGGUGAUGUUGAGAAUGAGGAAUAUUGACGUGGCCACCGUCUUCACCACUCAUGCUACUCUACUUGGCAGAUUUCUCUGUGCUGGCGCUGUGGAUUUUUAUAACAACUUAGACAAGUUUCACAUAGAUGAAGAAGCAGGCAUAAGGGGCAUCUAUCACAGGUACUGCAUGGAGAGAUGCUCUGCCCACUUGACACACACCUUCACCACUGUAUCAGAGAUCACUGCAGUGGAAGCUGAGCACCUGUUAAAGCGCAAGGCAGAUAUUGUCACACCCAAUGGACUCAAUGUUAAAAAAUUUGCUGCUCUCCAUGAAUUCCAGAACCUUCAUGCAAUAUCCAAGGAGAAGAUAAAUGACUUUAUUAGAGGACAUUUUUAUGGAGGCACUCAGAUACAACAGUUUAGAAGUCCCUCCAAACUACCAAUAUCCAAAACCCAACCUUCAAGGUGCAGGCAUUGUACAGUGGAACCUCGGCUUACGAACACCCCACCAUGUGAAUUUUUCAGGAUACAAACUGUCGUAAGGGACCUGAAUGCUAAAGUAGGAGAAACUUUUAAAGAGGGUGUGGUAGGUAAGUUUGGGGUGCCAGGUGUAAAUGAUAAUGGGAGCCCUUUGAUUGAACUUUGUAUAGAAAGGGGUUUAGUUAUAGGUAAUGCAUAUUUUAAGAAAAAGAGGAUAAAUAAGUAUACAAGAUAUGAUGUAGGGCGAAAUGACAGUAGUUUGUUGGAUUAUGUAUUGGUAGAUAAAAGAGCUUCAAAAUUCAAAUUGGUAACCCUCUGGGUGGCUGUAGGUACUGCUAGACCACUGUUAUCUCAGUGCCAACGAUGGGUUAAAAGGAAGAGGAGCAUAAAUUUUUUUUUAUACUACAUUUAUAAAUUAUUUCAAUUUAGUGUCAUGGGUUGGAAAGUGGGAGUGGUGAUAUUUAUUAAAAAUUUUCAGAAUAUAUAUACUUUAUCAGUACUACAGCCUCACUUUCAGUUAUUUAUUGUAAAUUUUGUCAUUACACAGGCAAGUGGAACAGAUAAAACAGUGAUAGCAUUUAUAAUUUUUCCAACCAAGACCAACAACUUUAAUAUUGAAUCACUGAGAGGCCAAGCUGUUACUAAGUCACUGCGUGAUGCUAUCCAUGAUAUUCAAGCGAAGAUUGGGAAACGCAUGUACGACAUUUGCCUUACCCAACCAUCUGAAUAUGACACUCGCCUUCAGUGUUCAAUUCUUCAUGGGUUUGGUUGCUUUAUGGCAGAACACAUAGCUGAUCCCAUGAGCUAUGGCAUCUACAUAAUUGAUCGACGCUACAUUGGUCUAGAGGAAUCUGUAAGACAGUUAGCCCAAAACUUAUUUGAAUUUGUACAGCUAAAUCGUCGGCAACGAAUUAUCCAGAGAAAUCGUACUGAACGUUUAUCGGAGUUACUAGACUGGAGGAUACUAGGCUCGUAUUAUCGGCAAGCACGGCAACAUGCUUUGCAUGUUGUUUACCCAGAAUUAGCACUUGAAGCUGAUUCUGGUGCUGGUCGACUCAACUACCCGCGGCCACUCUCGGAGCCUCCAUCACCCUCCUCCUCUAGAGCUACUACACCUGCACCUUCAGAACAAGGCUCUGAUGAAGAGGAGGAGGAGGAAGACAGUGUUGAUAGUGAAGCUGAGUUGGAGGAACUGGGUGUAGGAGGAAGUGCAAAUGGUAGCACAACCAGUAGCAGGUAGAUGUACUCACAAGCCCAUUUGAGCAAGAAGAUGUGGCCUCCCGCACAUAGUAACAUAGUCACUUGCUUGGCAUUACUGAAGUGUGGUUUAGAUGGCAAACGUACUAAGUCGUAAAUUCUAUAGACCUUUCAACAUGAGUUUUUUCUUCUUUUUAACAAAUCUCUGGUUGUGUGUGUUUGUGAGCCUCCAAUGUGUGUUGAACAUUGUGUGUCAAAUUACAUUUUGUACAUAGGUGUAUACAAAGUUUAUAAAUUAUUAACUUGUUUGCUCACAGAUAUAUUGUAUCAAAACCAUUAAAGUUACUGGGAGGUAUUUUUUUUUUUUUUUUUGCGUUGGAUUUACCUUAAUGUGAGAACAAAUAAUGUAUUUUAUCUCACUCGUUUGUUAUCUUGUUCUCUGUCAACUUCCUCCCUCAGGAGGAUGACCUCGUGUUGAAAACUUCAGUCUUAUUAUUUAAGAAAUGAAAUCUUGCCAAAAAUGGGAAUUUAUUCCUUUGUUAACUACAUACUGUAGUUGUUUUACAAUGCUUGUAUUGCAACAGCUAGUUUUGGCUGAUUCAUGUUUAAUAGUGACAUAAAAUAACUUUCAUAUACUGUAUAUUUUUAAAAAUGUAGAUUAUUUUUUUUAACACCAUCCAUCUCUCUGUUAAACUGUAUUAUAAAUACAUAAUUGAUUUAUUAAUGAAAUAAAUCUUCGGUGUGUGUAAAGGUGCCAUGUAAACUGAUUACUGAAGGAUGUAACUUGAACAAUUGGAGUAUAAGUACGUAGUUUUCAAAUGGGGUAUGCAGUAAUUUUUUUUUUUUCUUUCAAGAUCUUCAGAUACUGAUGAUAAUAUAAAUGGUAAAUCACACUUAAGCAAAAUUAUAAUAAUGAAAUAUUGUACAAUGAAUUAAAGUUGAUUAAAAUAUACAUAUCUUAAAAUGAUUUAAAUUGCUAUAUAUAUUUUUUUUUUACAAAUUAAAUCAAUGAAGGUUGUCACAGAACUUAUGCUGUGGAUGAAUUAUAACUCUUCAGAUGUAAAGUCUUGUAUAGUACAAGUUACAGUAGCUCAUCAGUACUGGUAAAUUGAACUUGCCAGGAAAAACAAAAAGACAAGUUAAUGGGUUGUAUUCUGCCUUAAUGUUUACUAAGAAAGUUUAACAUAAGGAUGGCCCUCCAUAUAUAAAUUAGAUUAUCAUAGAGGUUGAUCAAAAUAAGUGAUUUUCAUAUUGGUUAAUAAUGUAUUAAUCAGUUCUAUAAUCUGUUUUUAAAAAUCUUUUGUGCUGAAGUUGUUCUGAUAAGCUUCAGUGUUUGGUAAUAGUGGCACUUGUGCUGAAGCUGCUCUGAUAAGCUUCAGUGUUUAGUAAUAGUGGCACUUGUGCUGAAGCUGCUCUGAUAAGCUUCAGUGUUUGGUAAUAGUGGCACUUGUGCUGAAGCUGCUCUGAUAAGCUUCAGUGUUCAUAAUUUGUGCCAACAAAUUUGUCAUCAUAAGUUGAAUAUGUUACUUAUAUAAAACACAAUGUUGAUUAUAUUAUAGUUUGUGUUUUUACUAAAAGAGUUGGAAAUUA